AUGGUGCUGGUGAUUCAGGAGCAGUGGCUGCAGCUAUGCGAGUACUUUCAGCGAGUGCAGUGCUCCAACACAUACGAUGAGCGGGUUAGUCUGGUGAAGGAGCUGGGCAGCGUGGAGCAGGCUCUCUCGGUCAUACUGGAUGCGCUGCUGAAGGAUCGCAUGACGCUCGUGACUAGCCAUCCUGGCCUGCAUCGGCCUGGCACCGCUCUCAGGUGCUCCUUCCGGUCCGACAGCACACCGCCGUCGCCUACCGUCGCCGACACCCACUCCAGCCACACACCGCCACCGUCACCGACGUCUUCCCGAGACAUGGGGGCCCGCGGCGCGACGAAGACAAUGACCACUGCCGCGCACACUGGCACCUCGCCGUCCUCCUUGCUGUCGUCGUCGUGCCUGCUGAACGGCCUCGAUGGCGACUGCUUGGCACUGCCGCCGUGCUACCGUUUUCUCUUCGCGAAUGCCCACAGUGUGUCGAUACCGCUGCCCCCGACGUCCGAAAUGGAGGCUGCUUCAAGGGCGAACGAUGCUGCCGCAUCCUACGAUGACCCCCCGCCUAUUGGCAACAUUUUCCUUCUCACCCUCUGCCAGUACGCCAAGCAGGACGAGCCGCCCGGCGUUCGCUCUGUCAUUCUGGGCUUUCUUGUACGUUUACUGCAGGAGGCAGAUUUGCCAACGGAUCGCUCUACCUACCCGGCUGGUGACCCAGGUAUGUCACUGCUGCAACUCCGCCCGUCCGUACUCAUUGUGCCACUUCUGGACAUGGUGCGCAAGGUGAGCAAGGCCCUCGACCCUUCGAAUGCCGCUGCCCUCCGCUCCCCAACGGCCUUGGCAUCAGCUUCGUCCUCCACUGCAGCGGCGACGGCGGCAUAUCAGUGGGUGAUGAACGACCUGCACGACGGCACCCUCCUGCAAGACGCUGGCCGCACCCAGCUCGUCAUUUUUCUCAGCACGUUGGCGGAGAAGAUGGAGCGAGUGCCGGCGCUGGCGAACUUCUUCGUCGUCGAGGAGGGAUCCCAAGAGCGCAACUUGUUCGUGCUGAUGGACGCGCUGCUGCCCUACCUCACGCACGACUGCGGCACCCGGGAGUGGACGCACCGCCGUGACACAUGUAGGUUUGCCUUGAGCGCUGUCGUGUCCCUGGCGAAGUGCCCAGAUCCGUGGAUUCAGGACCUCGUUGCCAGGGAGACGCGUGUGGUGUCACGCACCCUCAAUGCUGCCCGCACCACCCUUUUGACGCUCUGCAAAAUUCCUGAAAACGACGAUAGCUCGACGCAGCGGCUAUACCUUCGCGAUGUACUGCGUUUCUGGACAACACUGGCGACGAUGGCACCGUCCGUCGCUGCGACACUGCGCCUGUUACCUCUCAUCGAGGAGGAGUUCGUGUACCAGACAGUGCUGCCACUCCUUCAGUCGUCGGACAACCACGUGUACUCGGCCGCAUGUGUGGUGGUGUCCAACAUACUUGCAGACCUGCAAGGGGCCGCUCCGCUGCUGAAGGCUUUCUUUGCCAAGGCGCUGCUCUCGACGACAAUCCGUAAAGCCAAUGGGAGCAUUGUACCCAAUAAAGAAUUUUAUGAGGUGGUGGUGCAGGAUCCGGUCACCGCUGCUGGCGCGGCGCGCACGGGUGGCUGUGCCAUGACACGUGGACAGCAGGAGUCGAAGGCUGCCAUGUCUUUGUCCAAGCACCCGACGACAUCGUUCUUCACCUACUACAUCCUCCCACACCUGUCCAGCAACCCCUGCCUAUCGGAGGAGGACAAGGAGAGCAACGUGGUACUGGGCUUCACGACGACGCGGUGGUCGGCGACCAAAGCGACAUUGCUACUUGUGCAGACCCUCGCUGAGCAUGUCCCGCACGUGUUUCUGCGCGAAGUGUUUUUGAUGGAUGUCACAUCGCUGUCGGACGUGGAGCGCAAGCAGAUGGCAUGUGCGUCCAACCCCGCCGAGCCGUGGGGCACUAUCGUCACACCUCCGUACCUGAACAUUCAUGACUGCUUUCUAAGCACCCUGCACUCGGCAGCCGUGAUGAACGCGAAGAUUGGGCUGCAGCCCGAUUGCGUUGGGGAAGCUGUGCUGUCACGACUGUUACGGGUUGAGUCCAACAUGCCCGUGGCGGCGCUGCGAGCUCGGCAGCGCAUGAUGAGCGCCAUGACAUUGCCCUGCAGCACCUCGGCUACGGCCAACACGGCGACUGCCGAGGACGCAAGGACAUCAAAAGCUCCAGCCGCGGACGCGGAGCCGGUGAGCUGCUGGUUUCAUGCCGGUGUGCAGACCUCGCCCCUCAUUACGGCUCUGUGUGAAAUGGUGCAGCACCUGGACUUGUCUCCAUACACAGUCAGUUGCCUUGUGGCCGACCUCGUUGUGUCCCUCGCCGUCAUGCCAGACCUACGCGUACUCUACACGCUGUUGGACUCGAAGCAGGGUCCGCUGGUAACGGCCCUCAGAGGGUUGCGCAACCUCCUGCGACAUCACUUGGAAAGAAAGGUCACGGAACCUAGCCCAAUAAGGAAGGACAUGGGUGGCGGUGGGGCGUCAAGGAGCGCCAGCACCACCGCCCGUCCACUUGCUGUCUCCAUUCCAUUUCUGUACGAUAUGCUGUUGCAGCACUGGGACCUUCUUGUCACCGAUGACGACGCAGUGAGAAUUACUCCAGCCACACCAGACCGCUCUUCGCACAGCUCUGAGGUGUCUUUUGAGUCGCUUCGUGAUGCCAUUGAGCAACACAGCAGCGUCCUAUAUGCCUGUCUCUACUCCGAGUACAUGCACGCUCACCUGGACGCCGUCAUUGGCUACACGGCCCUGUCGCAGAACCUGAUGUACCUCAAAGUGUCUGACUGA